UUUAAAUUACGUAGUUAAAAAAUGAAAAAAAGUGAUAGAUGUAAAAAUAUAGCUAAAUUGGAACAAUAUGUCAUUUUGUAUAUAUAAAAGAAAGAAAGAAGGAUAGCAUAUAUCCAUGUAUUUGUAUUUACGUAGGCAUUUAAAGAUUUAUUUACAUUAAUUGUUGAGUUUUUAAUUAAUGGAAUGAUAUUGUUCUAUUUCUGAAUAAUUGUGUUUAAUUAGUAAUAUACAUUAAGUAAUGUAUAGUUAACAUAGAUUUUUAUAUUAAGGAGAAUUGUGUAGUGCAUCAAACCUAACCAAUGAAAUGGCGUUUCAAGAAAUUUAUAUAAUUAAAUUUCAUUGAUAAGAAUAAUACCGAGCACAUUGUAUCAUUCAAGUGUACAUACAAAUUAAGUGAAAUGCAUAUUCUGGUAUAUAUUCUAAACAUUCAUAAAGAAUGGCAGAGAAAGAGGCAAAAAUUGAAUACGUGACAGAACCAUGUCCUAUCAAGCCACGUAAAAUAGGACCACAAAACAUAGUGAUACGUCUAAAGCGCCGGGAAACAUUUGGUUGUCCUUAUCCAGGAACACACGUUCAUAAUGCUAGACAGUUUUAUCAAAAUAUUUUUCCAAAUUUCACUGUCAUGAACGUAGAGAAACCUCCAUGUUUCCUCAGAAAGUUUAGUCCUGAUGGUCGUUACUUAAUUGCCUUUAGUGCAGAUCAAACUUCCAUAGAAGUUUAUGAAUAUCGUGGUGCAUCUGCAGCUGCUGAUUUAUUAGCAAAUUGUGAAGGAGAAUACAUUGGUCAUAAAAAUGAUGAAUAUAGUUUUCAAAUUAGAAGUAACAUUUUCAGUCGUUUUUUUAAAGCCAAAUGGAUUGUGAAUGUAGUUCAAAGUAAUGAGCAGUUAAACAGAGAAUGUAGUCUAUUUACCGAUGAUGGUAGAUAUGUAAUCGUUGGUUCAGCUGCCCAUAUUCCAGAUGAAUUGAGACCACAUUUUUAUCAGAUUUAUACCAACAACGAAGCAUUGACUCCAAAUCCUAGAUCACCACUUGAAGAUUAUAGUUUACAUCUUGUUGAUUUACGUGGGGGCAAAUUAUGCGAUACUAGACAUUUUAAAGUGGACAAAAUAUAUUUAUCACACAAUCAAGGUCUCUAUUUGUACAAAGAUAUACUGGCAGUAUUAUCUGUACAACAUCAAACUAUUCAUAUAUUUCAAAUUCUUGAUGGAAUGUUUAUCAAUGUUAGGACAAUAGGAAGGUACCAUAUAUGUACUCAGUUCUGUUUAGAGGAUGAUGCCUAUUUAGUUACAAGUGCUUACCCAGGAGUAAAUUGCCGCCCAUUUAGGGAUGUUACAAUAAAUAGUCUGAAGCACAAAUUAUUAGUAUACCUAUAUAAAAGAGCAGCGUAUAUUAGUGAUACAACAAAGGAUCCAUACGAAUUAAGACGUUUCUAUCAAUAUUUUGACCAAUUGAACGCAUUACGAAUGUGGAAGAUGCAAUUAUUAGAUACAAACCACAUACUUGUAAGAUAUGCAAGUGAAGAAGUGGCAACGCUUCAAGCAAAUGAACCUAAUGCGCAACCCGCGCUUUUAGUAGUAUAUGACAUGGUUACUGCCAAAAUAUUGGCUGCAUACGAUAAUGCGUCUACACAAUUAUUAACACAAUUUGAAAAUUUCAGCGAUUUCUUCAGAAAUGCGAGAAUGAGUACCGACUGUCAGUAUAUGUGUUCUCCGUCUAAUAACAUAUAUGCAAGAUUGUUACAACAAAGAUUCAAACAAACAAUUGUAAGUGCUAGAUAUGGAGGGGUUACAGAGGCUACAAAAAGAUUACUUGCUCAAUUGCCAAUAUGUGCGCAAUCCUACUCUAGUUCUCCGUAUCUAGAUUUAUCUCUAUUUUGUUACGACGACAAAUGGGUAUCGAUGAUGGAGCGUCCCAAAGCAUGCGGUGAACAUCCUAUACGGUUUUAUGCCCGAGAUUCUGGUCUUUUAAAGUUUCGAAUGUAUGCGGGAAUGUUAGGUCGUACGACACCUACAGCUGCGAGACGAUUAGUCGCAUUUACUUUCCAUCCGACAGACCCAUUUGCUAUUUCAGUUCAACGAACCAAUGCAGAAUAUAUUGUCAGUUUUCACGUUAGACACGUUUAAACUUUCGUCGAAAUGUCUUAAGAGUCAUAUUAUUUUUAUACUUUCCUUUUUAAUAAAAUUGAUCUCAUAAUAAAUUUUUAAUAUCAAUAACUGACAUUUUGGAAAAUUUUUUAAGAAACAUAUUUACUAUCAUUUUUUAAAAGAAUCAUAAUUGGUUUUCACAAUUCAUUACUAUCUUUACAAAUUUCAAUUCAAAACUGUUAACUGAUCAAAAAUAUUAUGACUAAUUAGGUGCCAGAAAUAAAUGGUGUAAGAAAUUAGUAAAAAAACGUUUGUUACAGAGCUAUUUUUAGCUCAUAAUGCCUUUCUAGUUAAACCAUUCAUUUGAAUAUCCUGCUUUAAAGUCCUGAUAUAAAUUUCGAUUAUCAUAAUCACUGUAAGAAGAAAAAGAGAAUAGACAGGGUGGUACAUAUGAACAUUUAAGAAAAGGUGUAAAAACCUUAAUUAUAUGUACAAUAUUUCACUUGAUACCAAAAUUUGAAACAAAAUCGUUCUUUUGUAUAACAAAAUGUAUAUUUUUUGUAUAUUAAUUAUUCUGUGAAUUCUUUUUAAUGUUCUGUACAUA